AUGACAUGGCAGAACUUCUCCUCGGGGAGUCGAAGCUGGAGCAGUACCUGAAGGAACACCCCCUGAGGCAGGGGGCCAGUCCCCGAGGCCCCAAGCCCCAGCUGACUGAGGUCCGCAAGCAUCUGACCGCCGCCCUGGACCGAGGGAACCUUAAGUCAGAAUUCCUACAAGAAUCCAAUCUGAUCAUGGCCAAGUUGAAUUAUGUGGAAGGUGAUUAUAAAGAAGCUCUGAACAUUUAUGCCCGGGUGGGCCUGGACGACCUGCCGCUGACAGCUGCCCCGCCCUACAGGCUGCGGGUGAUCGCAGAAGCCUAUGCUACCAAAGGACUUUGUUUGGAGAAGCUGCCUAUUUCUUCUUCUACCAGUAAUCUCCAUGUGGACCGGGAACAGGAUGUCAUCACCUGUUAUGAGAAAGCAGGGGACAUUGCACUCCUGUACCUCCAAGAGAUAGAAAGGGUAAUACUUUCUAAUAUUCAAAACAGAAGCCCUAAGCCUGGCCCUGCUCCCCACGAUCAAGAACUAGGUUUUUUCCUAGAAACAGGACUUCAGAGAGCCCAUGUCCUCUAUUUCAAAAAUGGGAUAGAUGUGCAUGAAGACCAACAGAACUUGACAAGAGGAGUCGGAAGGUUUAGAGAGCUGCUCAGAGCAGUUGAAACGAGAACAACUCAAAACCUGCGAAUGACAAUAGCCAGGCAGCUGGCAGAGAUCUUGUUGCGGGGUAUGUGUGAGCAGAGCUACUGGAACCCUCUGGAGGAUCCACCAUGCCAGUCACCUCUGGACGAUCCUCUCCGCAAAGGAGCAAACACAAAAACCUACACUCUCACUCGGAGAGCCCGUGUCUACUCCGGAGAGAACAUUUUUUGUCCUCAAGAAAAUACGGAAGAAGCCCUGCUGUUACUGCUGAUUAGCGAAUCAAUGGCCAACCGGGAUGCUGUGCUGAGCAGGAUACCUGAACACAAGAGUGACCGCCUCAUCAGUCUACAGAGUGCAUCUGUGGUCUAUGACUUACUCACCAUUGCUCUUGGAAGAAGAGGCCAGUAUGAGAUGCUGUCAGAGUGCCUAGAGAGAGCCAUGAAGUUUGCCUUUGAGGAGUUCCACCUGUGGUACCAGUUUGCUCUGUCCCUGAUGGCUGCUGGAAAAUCUGCCCGUGCCGUGAAGGUGCUGAAAGAGUGUAUCCGCCUGAAGCCGGACGACGCCACCAUCCCUCUCCUCGCUGCCAAGCUCUGCAUGGGCUCCCUGCACUGGUUGGAAGAGGCUGAAAAGUUUGCCAAAACUGUCGUUGAUGUGGGAGAGAAAACGUCAGAGUUCAAGGCCAAAGGCUACUUAGCUCUGGGGCUCACGUACAGUCUGCAGGCCACUGACGCUUCUUUGCGAGGGAUGCAGGAGGUCCUACAGAGAAAGGCGCUUCUUGCAUUUCAGAGGGCCCACAGCCUGUCACCCACAGAUCACCAAGCAGCUUUCUACCUGGCUCUGCAACUUGCCAUCUCCAGACAGAUCCCAGAGGCUCUGGGGUAUGUCCGGCAAGCUCUUCAGCUUCAAGGUGACGAUGCCAACUCCCUGCACCUCCUUGCCCUCCUGCUGUCAGCACAGAAGCAUUACCAUGAUGCUCUGAACAUCAUUGACAUGGCCCUGAGCGAAUACCCAGAAAAUUUCAUACUACUGUUUUCCAAAGUGAAGUUGCAGUCACUCUGCCGGGGCCCAGACGAGGCACUCCUGACUUGUAAGCACAUGCUGCAGAUAUGGAAAUCCUGCUACAACCUCACCAACCCCAGUGAUUCUGGACGUGGGAGCAGCCUCUUAGAUAGAACCAUUGCUGACAGACGACAGCUUAAUACAAUUACUUUGCCAGACUUCAGCGAUCCCGAGACAGGCUCCGUCCAUGCCACAUCAGUAGCAGCCUCAAGAGUGGAGCAGGCACUGUCGGAAGUGGCUUCGUCUCUGCAGAGCAGCGCCCCUAAGCAGGGCCCGCUACACCCCUGGAUGACGCUGGCACAGAUCUGGCUCCAUGCAGCUGAAGUCUACAUCGGCAUCGGGAAGCCUGCAGAAGCCACAGCCUGUACCCAAGAAGCUGCCAACCUCUUCCCAAUGUCCCACAACGUCCUCUACAUGCGCGGCCAGAUUGCCGAGCUCCGCGGCAGCAUGGACGAGGCGCGGCGGUGGUAUGAAGAGGCCUUAGCCAUCAGCCCCACCCACGUGAAGAGCAUGCAGCGACUGGCGCUGAUCCUUCACCAGCUGGGCCGCUACAGUCUGGCAGAGAAGAUUCUCCGGGACGCGGUGCAGGUGAACUCGACAGCCCACGAGGUCUGGAACGGGCUGGGCGAGGUCCUCCAAGCUCAGGGCAACGACGCGGCGGCCACGAGGUGCUUCCUGACAGCCUUGGAGCUGGAGGCCAGCAGCCCCGCCGUGCCCUUCACCAUCAUCCCCCGCGUGCUCUGAGCAGGCGCCUGCCAGCCUCACCUGCCGCUCAGGCCUCAGAGGCCCUACCGGGCACCAGGGCUUGUCCCAUCGCCCCCAGGGGAUGAAUCUGCCACACUGAGGCCAGGGACGAGCGUUCAGUGGGCCACAGUGAACCAACCAAACCAAGCCCGAAUCAUUGCUCUGCCGCGUGCGUUUCUCUUGUUGUUUUUUGCCAGCCCAAUGAUAGUUUCUGAACCUAUUGACAUUGUUCAAAAUGGAUCAUGUGCCAUAUUUUGUUAGUCGACAUCUGAGUUUUAAGUAAAAUGAUUAUGGAAUUAAUCAGCAAAUGUAGAAGAAUAUAUUCAAAGUUAAAAUUCAGUGGCAGAACAGAUUAUUUUUAUCAGAGCUGUAAAGAAAACAACUGUCCUCUUCUCCCCACCACCCCUCCUGCCCCACCUUGGCCCAGAAACCAAAUGUGAACUUCCUGUUUCCCACCUCAGCGCUAGUCCAUGCCGGGAACCAGCUGACAAUUUCUUGGUUUUACUGUCAAUAAUUAUACCAUGUGAUCAAUGACUGUCCUCACUUAGAACAAAGCCUGAGUCCAAGAAUAUUUAUAUUUUACCAAUAUAUGCCUGUUACAAGAGAAGGAAAUAUGAGUUAUUUAAGUUUAACUUUUUUAUGUGAAUUCAGAGUUUAUUUAUCGAGGGAAAUAUGUACAAAGAAGCUUCAAAUGGAAUAUUUACUGACAUUCCUUAUACAUGACAGACACUUGGCUACAUGGGAAGAUGAUGUUAAUAAUAAAAUGAUUUUUAAAUGGA